GGUGAGUUGCCACGUCAGCAGGCCACGUCAGCAGUCGAGCAGUGCCACGUCAGCAGCAGGGAGUGCCACGUCAGCAGUCCUCCGGCCUGGUCGAUGCUCACGCGCUUACAAACAGCCGGCAUGGAUCAGAAGUCCAGGGAAACGACCGAGGCCUGUCAAGCCUGGAUGCUGGCUUUGAUUACCGAAGCCAAGAAACGGGCGGAUGAGGUAGCAGCCGCAGAGAAAAAGAAGGCAGAGGACGCCGAGAAGGCACGUCUGUUGGCAAUCGAACAGCAGCGCCAGCAAGACGAGGCAGCAGCAAGGGCUGCUGAUGAAGAACGAAGUCAACGAUGCGAGAAGAUAUUCAACGCAGAGCGAGCCUUGCUCACAAUGGCAGCGGACUGGCGGGCCGAGGCCGAGAAUGGUAAGAUGGAAGAGAGUGAAAGCAAGAUCGCUCUACUCCUCUCCCAUUUCAUGGAUCUCCUGGCAACGUGCAUUGCACAGCAGGAGGACAUUCAUAGCCUCGGCGACGCGGUUCAGACACACAACCAGGCGUUUGAUCAAGUCAACAGCCGCCUCCAGCAGCUGGAGCAACGACCCGUCACCGCCCCCCAUGCCAACUCCUCCAACACCUCCAAUCGCCUCAAUGCAUUGGAGAUCGACGUCGGAACCCUCAAGGACGACACGCAGCUACAGCAAACGGCCACGCAACAACUGGAGCAGCGGAUCUGUGCUACCGCCGCCAACUCGAGUUCGGCACCGCGCGAGACGACUUCAAAGUUCGAUGGUCAGGAGAUCUUCUGCGAUUCGACGAAGACGAACCCGAUUCCGUGGUUCCGCAAGUUCGAGCUCAAGUUGCAGCUACACCAUGUCAGCGAGGACAAGCAUCACGCGUACUUAUACUCCCGGUCGGGGGGGGCGUGCCAAGCAUGGUUGGACAAUCUCUUGUCCAAGUAUGGGGUGGUAGCUGCUGACUUGUACGCCAAGAUCGACAGGGAUGAUCUAAAGGCGGCGUGGCAUACGCGGUUCCAAGUAGAGUCACCGGAGAUCAAGACAAUGGACAAAUUGAUGACCUUCGAACAAGACACGUUGCUAAGUGUUGACUGGAUUGCCGAGUACCAACGCUUGACAUCCGUCCCAGACAUUCAGAUGGGCUUCAAGGCCGUCAAACACUACUUCAUCUCAAGGUCGUGUCCGGCGUUGGGCAACGCCUUGACUCACGUCGAGGAGACCUUGACGAUAACGACGGAGCUCUUCGACAAGGCCGCGUAGAUUAUUGUCAUGGAGAAGGAGGUUAAGAACUUCAACCG